UUGUUGCUAUCUCGGAUCCUUUGAGUCGGCAUUUGGGCCUCGGUGCGGAGACGACCAGUGGCGUGUGGCGGCCUGCGGAAAGGCGAGCCUCGGCACCGACUGAAGAAGCAGGCAGCGGGGAAGGGUCGUCGGUGGGCUCGGUGACAGCUUCCCCAAGGAGUGGAAGCAGGAGCUGCCGAAGCCGGGCCGCGCCGCCGGGGUUCUGCGGCCCAGGGCCCUUCCCCAUCUGUCUUCUUAUCAGGCUGGCACAGGCGGAGAUGCCCGGGACGAGGAAGCCUCCUUGUCUAGGGAAAAAGAAAAGGAGGUGACAGGGGCUGAGCCCCCCGCUCCACUCCGAGGGAGCUCAUGGCCAGGAUUAGUUUUUCCUAUUUCUGCCCGGCUUCCUGGUAUUUUACUGUGCCUACAGUGAGUCCAUUUGCACGUCAGCGGGUAGCCUUUCUGGGACUUUUCCUCAUCUCCUGUCUCCUUCUACUUAUGGUUUUAAUGGACUUUCGACACUGGGGCUCUACCUCACCUCAAGAUAGACAGUAUGAAAGAUAUUUAGCUCGAGUAGGAGAACUGGAAGCUACAAAUACUGAAGACCUAACGCUGAAUUAUGGCCUUGUGGUUGACUGUGGGAGCAGUGGCUCCAGAAUUUUUGUUUAUUUCUGGCCACGUCAUAAUGGGAAUCCACAUGAUUUGUUGGAUAUCAAACAGAUGAGAGAUCGCAACAGCCAACCAGUGGUUAAAAAAAUAAAACCAGGGAUUUCUGCAAUGGCAGAAACUCCAGAACAUGCCAGUGAUUACCUUCGCCCUUUGCUGAGUUUUGCUGCUGCUCAUGUGCCUGUGAAGAAACACAAAGAGACUCCACUCUAUAUCCUUUGCACAGCUGGCAUGAGACUUCUUCCUGAGAGCAAGCAGUUAGCAAUUCUGGCUGACCUAGUGAAAGAUUUGCCCUUGGAGUUUGACUUCCUCUUUUCACACUCUCAAGCAGAAGUAAUCUCUGGAAAACAAGAAGGUGUUUAUGCAUGGAUUGGAAUCAACUUUGUGUUAGGAAGAUUUGACCAUGAAGAUGAUACAGAAGCCCUGGGUCCCCAGGAAUCGGUGGCUGGACGUAGGAGAACAGUAGGGAUACUAGAUAUGGGAGGAGCUUCUCUCCAAAUUGCCUAUGAGGUUCCCACCUCUCCUACUUUCCUUCCUCCAGAACAGGAAGAAGCUGCCAAAGUUCUGCUAACUGAAUUCAAUUUGGGCUGUGAUGUACAGCAUACAGAGCAUGUCUACAGGGUCUAUGUUACCACCUUUCUGGGUUUUGGGGGCAACUUUGCUCGGCAACGCUAUGAAGAUAUGGUGCUGAAUGAAACCUUUACCAAAAAUAGGUUGUCGGGCCAACAGACGGGUCUGACCCCAGAAACUCCCUUCCUGGAUCCUUGCCUACCUGUAGGCCUGGAGGACGUGGUGGAGAGGAGCAGUGGGGUCCUGCACAUCCGAGGCAGAGGGGAUUGGCUCGCGUGUGGGGAAAUGCUGCAGCCGCUGCUCUCCCGGGCCAAUGCCACCCAGGCCUCUCUGAACGGUGUCUACCAGUCCCCAAUCGACUUCAGCAACAGCGAGUUCUACGGCUUCUCAGAGUUCUUUUACUGCACGGAAGAUGUAUUGCGCAUCGGUGGUCGCUAUCAUGGCCCAACCUUUGCCAAGGCUGCUCAGGACUACUGCAGCAUGGCCUGGCCAGUGCUAACUCAGAGAUUCAAGAAUGGCCUCUUCUCAUCACAUGCAGACCAACACCGACUUAAAUAUCAGUGUUUUAAGUCAGCGUGGAUGUACCAAGUCCUCCAUGAAGGAUUCCACUUCCCAUAUGAUUACCCAAACCUGCAAACAGCCCAGUUGGUGUAUGACCGGGAGGUGCAGUGGACCUUAGGAGCCAUUUUGUAUAAGACACGUUUCCUCCCCCUCAGGGAUCUACGACAGGAGGGCGUCCGGCAGGUCCACGGUAGCUGGCUGCGUCUCUCCUUUGUGUACAACCACUACCUUUUUUUUGCCUGCAUCCUGGUGGUGCUGCUGGCUAUCAUUCUGUAUGUUCUGCGGUUACGCCGAAUUCACCGUCGCCAAGCCGGAGCCUCCGCCCCCUUGGACCUGCUGUGGAUAGAAGAGGUGGUACCCAUAAUCGGGGUACAGGUGGAACCGUGAUGUCUGCUCCGGGACCGAAGCAUCUUGAGAAGCAGAGGACAGAACUCAGGAGGUCCUGGACCCAUCCUGAGGCUGCUUCAAUAAUCUGCGGGGCUUUUAGUAUUGUGUUCUUGCCCUUCCUUCUCAAGACCAGCUAUCCAAGAGAAGCCAUAACCUGAUCUGUGAAGUGAUGCAGCUGAGACCCUCUGAUCUAACAGAGGACCUCAGCUGCACCUGCCUAAUGCCCUCGGGGCGUGCUUCUGCCCCUUUAUCAGGGAGGGUUUGGUAUUAGAGGAAGGGUAUUCUUGAGCUGUCACCAGCUUUCACUCCAUUAGAUAAAGAAAGGAGUGUGGUAUUCAGCAAGAGAAUACUGGCUCUGAGGCAUCUGAUACCAAGCCUAGUAUAUUUUAGGAAAUAUGGCAGUCUUUUCUUUCUCUGUAACAGAGAAAUCUCACAUGUGGCGAUUCACAGCCUUUUAUUAAUGAUCCAAGGAUCUUUUGGGACCAGCAGAACUUAGAAACAACUGAAAUAAUGCCAAUGGAUUCCAUUUUUUCUUGGCAGUGCAGCUCUCAUGGGGUAGCCUAAUCCUCUGGCCUAGGCUUGCUGCUAACUUGACUUAAAUGAGAUGUGUCUGUUCAAAGGAGUCCGUUGAACUCUCUUGGGUUUCCUGUCUGCUUGGCAUGAAUCCAUUUUUUCCAUAUCAAUUUGCAGAAAAGGCUAAAUCUAGGCAUUAUUUUUGCUUCUUGAGCCUUAAGGAUGCUUGUAGGACUAUAGAUAGCAAGAUUCUCCAGUUUUUGUUUUUUUGUUUGUUUCAAAUCAGGAUUCCUAUCCCCAUGCCCGUUAUUUAUCUGAGCCUCUGUGUUUGGAUUCUAAGUUGCCAUUUCAUUUCACUGCCAAGAUAGAUGUACAGUGUUGGAAGGGAAGUAUUUGUGUAGAAAGGAAAAGAAUAUUUAAAUUAAUAAUUCUUGCCUUAAGGAAUUUCUGGAGAAAGCAGAGUUCCAGGUAGGAAACAUUCUGAUCUAGCUAGUUUGAUAAUUGUAAAAAGCAUUUCGCCUCCCCCAAACUCCCUUAACAUUUCAUUGAGUUAAAGAGAGAGAAAAAGGCAGCAAUAAUUAGACUAGACUGUUAGGUCCAAAGGGACUGACCUUUAUGGCAUUUUGUGGAACAAUCACUGUUUCAUUCACUCUGCUUCAGUACCUUUGGUUUUCUUGUUCUUGCAAUAAUCUUUGAUGAUUUUUUCCUCUCAGUUUUUAUGAAACUUUUUUUUAAACUUUUGAUUUUCCUCUCAUAGGCCACUCUGGUUUUCCCUUUACAUAAUUUUUCUCUUAGUCCCCCUUUCACUAAUUAAAUGACCCUUUUGGUGGUUAUAGGGUAGAAAUACAAGUAACUGUUUGGUGAGAACUGGAAUAUGAAAGGAUUCCAGCCAGGUGUCAAAAACUCAUUUUGGAAUUAUUAGGGAAGGGUAAUUUAAUAUUUAAAAUUAAUAUUUCCUUCAAGGAAGUAUUAAAUGAAUCAAAUAUGGGGAUUCUAUAGCUUUCUUUGAAAAAGAUUUCCUAUGCUACUUUAUAGACUGUUAUGAUUACUUUAUUCCAAUUCCAUCUUUUUUUCCCCUGCUUUCAUAUUUUAAAGUAAAAAUAUAUUUGGUUGAUAUUUUAAAAUGUAUAAAUGUAUUAAGGGGGUAGGGCGGUGAUUGGCACCAAUCCAGUUCCAUUUUUUUUUUUCUGCCUUGGCCUCCAAAUGUUGGGAACAUUGCCUUUAAGAAGAUGAAAACUAAACAAAAGCUUUCCAAUCAACUGCCAAUCACAUUCAGUGUAGAAAAUAUUUGGGGGUGAAGGGUACAGAAAGGAGAAAAAUUCUUAAGUACAUGAAAGCACUUAUUUGUGUGUAGUUAAUAUGUUUCACUGUGAUUAUUGAGUUAAAUGUUUUUUAUUGUGUUUUUGUGUAAAUUAGCCUUCAUAUUACAGAUUUAUUGGAAAUGGUUUCGGAUUUUUUUUUUUUUUGGUAAGUUUUUAAAUUACAAGGUCUGGGACCAAUUUUAUUUUCAAUCUCAAGUAAGUUAUUACCUUUAAAUUGUGUGAAAACAUGGAAGAUAUCCAAAUGUUAUCUCUUAAAAUGACCAAAAAUACUUAAUAUUUGCUAUUGGCAUUUUAUUUUGUAUUACAUUCCUUUGUUUCUUCUGUUAACCCUUUGUCAGCUUCCAAGUGUCGUCUUUUUAGAAUCACAUUAAAGAACAUUACUUCCCUACAAUAUAA